UCCCGGCUCCCUCCUCUCCUCUUCGCCCCUGUGCUACUACUACUACAGCUGGCGGCUCCACAUGCGCGGCGGCGCUCCGUAGCCUUCACCGGCGACACCGGUUCCAGUCUGCAGGCAUGUCGACCGGUGGUUCAGACGGGACGGCGGACAGGCCGGCAGAUCCCGCUGCAGAGGAAGGAGUCCCGAGCCAGGCAGGCUCCUCGCUGCCAACUGUCGAGCUGCCAAGGAAACGAAAGGGAGAUGUGGAGGAGAGGCAAAGCCUCGACGUCCAAAUGGAUGACGACCUCAGCAGAUCUGAAGGAGAGGAUCAGCAGGUCAAAAUGAAAUGCUUCAGGGAGCCUCACAGCCAGAUCGAGAAGAGGCGGCGGGACAAAAUGAACAAUCUCAUUGACGAGCUGUCUGCCAUGAUCCCCGCUUGCCAGCCCAUGGCCCGAAAACUUGACAAACUCACUGUGCUACGGAAGGCUGUGCAACACCUGAAAGCCCUCAAAGCUGGAACAAGCAGCGCCUUUACUGACACCACCUACAAGCCUUCCAUCCUGCCUCAUGAUGACCUCAGGCACCUUCUGCUCAGGGUUGCAGACGGCUUCCUGUUAGUUGUAACCUGCGAUCGGGGGAAAAUCCUCUUCAUCUCCGAGUCCAUUUCCAAGAUCCUCAACUUCAGCCGGUUGGAGCUGACUGGGCAGAGCUUGUUCGAUUUCAUCCAUCCCAAAGACAUCAACAAGGUGAAGGAACAGCUGGCGUCGUCGGAGCUGAACUCUCGCCAACGCCUCAUUGAUGCUGCAACCGGGGUUCAGGUCCAGGCGGACGCUCCCAUCAGGCCGUCCCAUUUAACCACAGGAGGUCGGAGAUCCUUCUUCUGCCGGAUGAAGCACGGGCGGGUGGCGGGGAAGCAAGAGGACAAGCACUCGCUGCCCAGUACUUCCAAAAAGAAAGAGACUCACAGAUACUGUACCCUCCACUGCACUGGAUACAUGCGGAGCUGGCCGAGCAGCCAGCUGGACUCAGAGGGUGACACUGAGAAGGAGACCUCGAGCCUGACCUGCCUGGUGACGGUGUGCCGCCUCAUCCCUCACGCCUCCCACCAGCCUUCCAAAGACAUUAACGUCAAGCCCGCCGAGUUUGUCACCCGCUGUGCCAUUGAUGGCAAGUUCACAUUUGUAGACCAGCGGGCCACGACAGUUAUUGGUUAUUUGCCGCAGGAAGUUCUGGGCACGUCGUGUUAUGAGUACUUCCACCAGGACGACCUGCAGCCCCUAGCAGAGAAACACAGGCAAGCUCUUCGAAGCAAAGAGAAGAUUGAGACGCCAUGCUACAGGUUCAAAACGAAAUAUGGCUCCUAUGUUUCGCUCCAAAGUCAGUGGUUUAGUUUCACAAAUCCAUGGACCAAAGAAGUUGAGUUUAUCGUGUCUUUAAACAGGGUUAUCCCGGGGCCUGGUCCUGCAAAAGAUGAGGAGGCGGGCAGCUCAAAGGUUCAGGUCUCACUUCAGGAAGACACAAAGCAAAUACCCAUAAUUCCUGGACUUUCCAGUGGUGUUGGCACAAUGAUCUACGCAGGCAGCAUAGGGACCCAAAUCGCAAAUGAGCUCAUCGACUCUUACAGCAGGAUGAACUCCUCUCCAUCUAGCGGAGCUUCCAGUCCAUUUGGUCUGGCCCAGGAGAAAGGUCCGCUGGUUUCCCCACAGACCAGCAGGAGUGCAUCCAGCAGAGAGGAGGCGGCAGGCAGUUCAUCGCAGUCCCAGUCUGACUCAGGGACAGCGGCAGGCACCAGCAGCGGAACUUCUGAAAGCACAGGCGAGCCGUCCCAGCUGGACUUGGACAGCAUGGUGGUUCCCGGGCUGAGCAACUUCAGCAGCGACGAGGCAGCCAUGGCGGUCAUCAUGAGCCUCCUGGAGACGGACGUGAACAUGGGUCAGUCGGGGGACUUCGAGGAUCUACACUGGCCUUUCUAG